UGAGAGUCAAUGUUUUGAAUAACAGUGAGCGGCGCGCACGCAUUGCAGGCUAUAUCAGUGUAAAUAAUAUGUUCGAUGGUUAAAAACUAAAUUAUAAGUGAAAAAGUGUUUGUGAAAGGAUUUAUUAUUAUUUCCAACAGUUGUGGCGAUGCACGAGAUAAAGUGAACAAGGAAAAGAUCAGAGCCAUUGAAGGUUAAGAAAGAAAAUGGAGAAGAUGACAAUUGGACAGGAAAAUGGUGUGCCACCAGUAGGACCAGCUGUAGACCCCUACAGUUCGAAAAUACAAUUAACUUGCAAUGGCUCUAGAGAAGAUUUGGAUCCUUAUGUUCCGGCAAAAAACAGACCUUUGGAAUCAAACACAUCGAGUUUCGGUGCCCUGGCUCAUCUCCUGAAAGCGUCGCUGGGAUCCGGAGUUCUGGCCAUGCCUCUUGCAUUCAAGAACGCUGGCUUAUUGGUUGGAUGUAUUGGCACCAUCAUAAUCGGCUUUAUUUGUGGACACGUCAUACAUGUAUUGGUGAAGACUUCACAACAGCUGUGUGUGGAAGUAAAGAAGCCCUGUUUAGGUUAUGCUGAUACCUGUGACCUGGUCUUUCAAAAUGGACCAAAACCUAUGCGACGAUUUGCUCCACAUGUCAGGGAGCUCGCGGAUUGGGCGCUGGCUGUGACACAUCUUGGCGCUUGCUGUGUGUACGUUGUCGUCAUAUCGGAGUCUUUUAAACAGAUAUCAGACCAAUAUGGCGGCCCGGAUUGGACCGUGUCAGUCUACUGCGCGCUCUGCCUCGUAGUCUUAAUACCACUCAAUCAAAUAACCAAGCUGAAGUACUUGGUGCCUUUCUCAGCGAUCGCCAACUUCGUGUGGCUGGCGUCUAUCUGCAUCUCAAUAUAUUACUGUCUACGGGAUCCGCCUCCACCGUCCAGCAGGAAUAUGGCUACUUCCAUAGCUGGGUUGCCGAAUUUCAUAAGCACAUGUCUCUUCGCCAUGGAGGGGAUAGGCGUGGUGAUGCCCAUCGAGAACGAGAUGACCAAGCCCCAGCAGUUCUUGGGUUGUCCCGGCGUCCUGAACAUCGCCAUGAGCGCUGUGGUCGCACUGUACGCGUUUGUUGGCUUCUGCGGUUACUUGAGUUUCGGCGAGUCGGUCCGAGGGAGCUUGACAUUGAACCUUCCGCAAGACGAAAUUUUAGCACAAGCAGCCAAGAUCCUGGUAGCCCUUGUUAUGAUACUUUCAUAUGCGCUAAUCUUCUACGUGCCUGUUGACGUCGCUUGGAGAAGGAUUAGUGACAAGAUCCCUGCUAGAGGGCACCGGUGGGGCCUGGCGGGGCUCAGGCUGGCUGGGACUCUAUUAACGGUUGGGCUAGCAUGCGCGAUCCCUCGCCUGGAGCUUUUCAUGGAGUUAGUGGGGGCGGUCUGCCUGUCCUGCCUCGGCCUGACCCUUCCCGCAAUCACUGAAACGGUGUUCCGAUGGGGCAAGGACACUGGCCCGUUCCACAUCGUCGUAAUAAAGAACGCAGUUAUAGUACUGUUCUCGUUAGUGGCUAUGGUAUCUGGCGUGGCGUUUUCUAUCAAGUCAAUGAUAGACAGCCUGUGAUAUUUAGAAAUAAGUUUGACUGUAAUGUAAAUAAUUAACUUUUAAUAUAUUGAUUAUGACGA